AGCCAAAACAGGGUAAUAUUCAUUCGUUGCUAAAGUCUAUUGGAAUAAAUCCAAAGAAUGGAGAGAAAGGAAAAGGAGCGAAGAUCUUCGAUACUAAAACCACAGCAGCACCCGAACGUUGACAAUGGCGAGUUGUCGACGACAAUAACAACCACAGUAAAGAGACGUGUCAGCUUUCACACCGUUCGGACUGUCCAGGAGUUUGAUGUGGAACAUAGUAAAAUCGUACAUUCCCCCCAUAACGAACCUAUUAAAUUGUACGAUACGGCAAGUUCGGAUGGUUUAACUUCGGAACAAAUGUCUGCAUCUGAAUCAAAUGGUGGUUAUGCAGUGGAAAUAAGCACAAAUAAACUUAAUCGCACGGUAGACAAUUUCAUCCCAGUAACUACAUCUACACCGCUUCUUCGCUUAAGAUGUGUGAAUGAUUCGAUUCGUGUACAUGGAGAUACGUAUGAUGAUGCUAGAUUCUGUCAUUCAACACAGUCUCAAAUCGCAGGAAAAGAGGAAAUAAUUGAUGCACUGGACCACAUUUCGGAAGAAACGAUUCAGAAUGAGAAACUGGAUGUUCUGGAGGUAGAAUCGAUGGAUAUGAGUGAUUCAAAUAACCCUUCUCCAGUAAUGUCUGAUGCUACCAGAAAGUUGUUCGGGCAAUCUACCGUCCUCCAAAAUUUUAUGGCCAGUCCAAAUCAGCAAUCAAGCAUGAAUGAUGAAACCUUGCCAUCAAAUGCAACACGACUGAUUUUCAAAGCUGGCGAAAAUAACAGACGUCAAAGUGGAACUACAAAUGAGGAAUUGAAAAUGGAUACUGAAAAAUUAUCUGUGAUCCCUCCAUAUGUAGGCACUGCUGACAUGGAUAUUUCUUCUGGCGAUGGCAAAGUAUUCGAGGUACCAAUAGAUGUUCCUUUCAAACAACUAUCAGUUACAUCCAACGUUGCCGAUGAACCAACAGAUAUUUUAUUCGAAAUGGAAAACGAUGCAAAAGCAAUAAGUCAUAAAGAGGAUUUAAAAAACAUCGCUAUGAUUGAUGACGUUCAAAUUUCGAACAACAUUUCUUCAAGUAUGGAAUGUGUGGCUCAACAAGUCAAUGUUGCAUCUGAUCUGACGGUGAAGUCUGUUCACAGUACGGAUAAAGUUACACAUUCUGCUGAUGAUAUUACUCUUGAACUUUCUUCACAACUUGGUCGUCAGCAUAUAUCCAAUGAAUUACUUUUAUUGGUUCGCAAGACAACACUCGAAUCACCUGCUGCUUUGCCUAAAAAGAAGAUUCGUUUGUUCAGUCCAGAAGCUCUUCCACUGCGAACAAACGCAUUACUCUUUGGGUCACCAAAAUAUGAUGCUAUGAAGGAUAAAGUAGAUCCGAUAAAUAUUCCUGAAAACACAACAAACAUUGACAAGUCUACUGAUAAGGUUUUAAGUAAAAUCAAACAUCAACUGCGUCAUAGCUUGAAUCACUCUGGAGUAUUCACUUUGUCGGAACUUUCUGCUGCUGGUACUGAUAAUGUCGGCAUGUUGUACGAUAUUCCCAUGCCAGAAUCAUUAUUUCACUCGGAUGAACUCAACAGUCAAGUUUCAACAGCGGAAUCAUUCAGUAACGAACUACAUACAACUGUUGAGCAGUCCUGUAUUGAAUCAUCAUCGUUGUCUUCGCGUCGGUCCGAAAUUGUCACAGCAGCUUUGGGGAAUGAGUCAAGCUUCCUUACGAGUCAUGUUGAUACUGUGGGAUUUAAUAUCAAUUUUCGAACAAUACCGUGUUUUCGAAUUAAGCCAAAUGAACAACCACAAAUUAUGGAACUCAAACAGUUGGCAACCACAAAUUUGCGCAAACGUAUUGCUGAAGUUAUCGAUAGAUGUAAAGGUCUAAUUAGUGCACAACUUCCAAAUUGCAGCAAUCGAAAGAUCGCUGAAUGUAUAAGAACGCUAAAUCCUAGAAAACUAUCAAAAAAAGAAGCUAGCUGGUUUGAUGUAUGUUACCUGAUGGCGCAACGUGAAUGGUUUGUACUAAGAGCUAAAUUGGCCAAACUGACGAGUGAGAAGUUAGAUGAACUGCUGCUUGAGACGAAAGCUGAGUCAGACCAGAAAAGGCGAUUAGCAGAAUCGAUGAGGGAUUAUGAAAAAAAUCGUGACGAAGUAAUGGAGCGUUAUGCUCAAUUGAAAUCACUGGAUGAAGCUGUGGAUGGUGAGUUGCAAAAUGAAAUGGAACUUGACGAGUUGAGACAUGCGAGACGCGUUGGGCGUCUGGAAGUUGCACAGAAGGAAUUGGAACUUAUGAAGAAACAAGGCACACGACUAGAAGUACUGUUAAAGGAGUAUGGUAAAACGAAAUCUGCAAUGGGAGCACAGAUGGCAAAGAAAGCUGCACAGCGAGCAGAAUUUUUGCAAAAUUAUGACGAAGAUGUGGCUGAAUAUCGAGAAUUUUUAGCUGACAAAGAAUAAAAAGAUUGAAUUUUCUAAGAUCCACCACUCUUAUUUAUUUGCUUUAUGAUCUCGGUUGGUUUUUUAUCUGCUGUAUUUAUUACUAAUCUUGAUUUUCUGAUCAUAGAUUCAUCCCUAUUAUUAUCCAUACUUAACACUUGUUUUAAUUCUUUAUCGCAAGAUAUCUGAUAAACUGGAGGAAGUAUGUCACUUAUUUUGUCUUCAUACUCUAA